UUGGGUGAGCCAAGAAAGUUGCUGCUUUCACAAAUGCCCAAUGCACUGUAAAGCUCCUCACCCUCACCUUCACCGCGCAAGAAAGCGCGCACGCGACCUUGGCAAAACGGUGUUGUCUUCAAUCUCUGGGUUCUCUUUCGCUUAUCCGAACUCCUACCUUUUCAAUUUCGACCAUUCUGAGCACCUGGGUAUCAAUCCGAGCAAAACUCGAAGACGGAAUAAUGGCAGGGCCACCCAAGAAGCGCGCGCAGAUUGAGGAAUCCUGCUUGUUCAAAGACAAUGUGGCUUCUGGUGCGGUUCUAGCAAAAUACGGCGACGUCAUACUGGAGCUCAGCAAAGACGGCAAAUCGGUCGGGACUCUCCUCGUCUCCUCUCAUGUUCUCAGCCUCGCGUCACCAGUCUUUGGCGCGAUGUUCAGUGGGAACUUCGCAGAGGGACAGAACCUUUCCACCGCCUCACCCAAGAAUAUUGCGCUUCCGGACGAUGACGCAGAGUCAAUGACGUUGUUCUGCAAAUUCAUUCAUAUGCAAACUGCCAACUUGACCCGCGAGCCUUCCUUCGAUGACUUACCUGACCUUGCUAUCAUCUGCGACAAGUACGGCUGCACGGAGAGUAUACGGUCAUGGCUUCAAGUUUGGAUUAGCCAAAAGCUCAAGUCACCGAGAGCGCUCAAGUUCGAGAAGCUCGUAUUCGUUACCUAUGUAUGCGAUCUUCCUCGGGACUUUCAGCAGGUCACCCUAGUAUUGUUGCGAGAUACCAUCAAGAGAUUCAGCAACACCGAUGUUACCCACGGGUCAAACUUCGUCCCUAUGGAGCACAUCGGUAUGUAGUCUUUGUUUGCAAAUUUACAUUCCAACAAGAAAGGACACCUGCU